GGCCGUGUAGUCAAAGCCACAGUAUCGAACCUGGAGCCUGGGAUACCAAAAACAGCUGUUGCACUUAAAAUGUGCAAGAUGCAAGCAGAUACUACCCAGAUCACAGCACUGACCCAAGAACUGAAAAUUAUGAUUCACAUCGGAAAGCAUCCUAACAUUGUCAAUCUUAUGGGUGCUUACACUGAUAAUGUUGGCAAAGGAGAGCUAUGGAUUCUUGUUGAGUACUGCCAGCAUGGCAACCUUCUCCAAUUCCUUCACUUUCAUCGGCAUAAUUUUGAGAAUGUUAUUGACCCCAUCACCGACUUGGUCAUCUUGAGUGGAAGAGAUGGUGGAGAGAGCAUUUCACCUCUCUCGCCAGUUCUCAAAUCUCCAGGGUCUGUCAAAUCAUCCAGUGACCCUCAGUCCCAAUGUGAGAUUUUAUUGGAGUCUCCAGCAUCACCUAAAGUUCUCUAUUCAUCUUCGAUCUUUCGGAGUGGGAAUUCCCUGACCAACAGAAUGAAGAUGGAGCAGAAUCCUUCUUACCAGAUGGCACCGGCAGCAAAUGAGGCAGCACUGGAGAACGGUAAUCACUUGAGUUGCAAAGCAAUGAAGAUUUUUAUUUCCAGACUCACAGAUGUGCCUUUGCAUGCAUGCAUGUGACAGAUAGAUUUCAACUGCUUUCAUGCUGUUAGAUAGUCGCAUACUCCUAUAAUAUGGUAUUUAACACAUUUUAUGUACAUCAACUAUUACAUAUUGGGGCAUGAACACUGGAUACCACAAUCUAAUUCUGCAUACUCAAACACAAAGAGUAACCAAUUUAAUCAGUACUGAAGAAUUCUCUGCUUUUUUCUAUUUUCCCUAAACUCUUAACCUGCUUGAUUGAAAAAGGAGCGCUGUUACUCUUCAGAAUAGUUAAUCAAUUACUAUUUUCUGGCAGUGCCCAAACUUGACUUAGUCAACCAAGCUAAUUUUAAUUGAGACUAAAUAUAAAAAACAGAAACUUUAUCAUCCUUCUCCACACAUAACAGGAUCAAGAAACCACAGCAAGAAGCAGCAGUUGUUAAAAGUGAUUGACUCCCAGGGAAACUAUUUCAUAUAUGAUAA